AUGCAAAAAUCCACUAACAAAGCUGACAACCUUUCACUCGGGGAGAUCGAUUUCUACGACUUUCUCGAUUUCCCAGCCCCAGCACCAAUCCAAGUUCGCGAAACUGAAGAAACUUGCACAGAAGUUAAAUCGACUGGCCGCAAACAAAUAGUUGACACAAAAAUCUUAGGGAGGUUCCAAAGUGUUUCCAAUCCUUAUCCUCCUAAAAAAGAAUAUUUAAGAUGCAAGAUGAUCCGUGGCCACAAAAGAGCUAACCGUCAAAUUGAAAAAGGCGUAAUCCCCAAGCGCACUAUAAACGCAUACUCAGCUAUUGCUGAGUCCUAUUGAAGCAAACUAACUAACUGCUUUAACGCUAACAAAAAUAUACUGAUAGAAGAAAGUAAGACUGAAGCAGGACCAAAAACUGAUGGGAAAACAAAGCGAAAUGGCAAUGAAAAUGGAAUCCCUAACUCUCACCCUGUGAAGGAAUAAGCCAUUGGAAAAGUCCCUAUUUUUUGCCCAAAAACCCACCCUCCAUGAACCGAACAAAAAAUUUUUUUAAUGGAAUAUUUUUUAAGAAAAAACUUUGAUAUAGUUAGGGAGGAUGAACUGCUGGUUUGAAGGCAAGCCAAAAAAAGCCCCGUGCAGUUCAUCCUCCCUAACUAUAUAUAUAUAAGUGAUAAUUAUUUAAUGAAAUCUCUAAUUCUGUUAAUUGCGUUUUAAAGCAUAAAUUUUACAAACUAAAUAAAUAUUUGCUUUCCAAUUUUGUGAAUUGGAAUUUUUUAAUAUUUCAAAAACAAAUUUACUAUAAAAUAUAUAUAUAAAUUUCAAAAAAAAAUUGAACCCUCCAUGAGCGAACAGAAUUUUUUUUAAUCACUCACGGAUGGAGGAGUAAGAGCUUCAAUGAAAAGUUUUGCAAAAGGUAUUUUUCUCCAAAAGAAGUAAGAGAGUCAUAUUUCUACUACACAGAGUACAUUUUCGCAGAAUUUGAGCCGAGUGUUUUGUGCAAAAAAUUUAAAAUCAAGUGCUGCAGAUCUCCUAAUCACACUUAUGAGUGUUUAGAAAGUUGGAAAUUGCUGAAGUUUUAUGUACAAAAGAUUAUGCUUGACAAUUUGUGUGUCGAGCCAUGGCUUGUGAUGGAAAGUACAACAGACAUUUCAACGUUUCCUAAAAUUACAAAAGCAAUUGCAGAGCCAAAAAUCGCGGAAGAUGUGGAUGCAGACCCAAAUAUCAUUAAGGAAGAUGAUCCAAUAAUUAUUUAGUUAUUAUCUAUUGCAUUAUUUAUGGGAUGGCUUUCACAUGUGAAAAGUUUCCCAUCAUAUAAAGCCCAUCCAAAAAUAAUGUCAAGCAUUAUAAUUAUUUUCAGCCAUAGCGAGGAUAUGCUUUGGCUCCAAAAGCCAAUUCUCCAUAGAGAGAAACGAGAAAAACGGAAGAUUGCCCUAUAAAUUUCCGAUUUGAGCUACCUGUCUCAAUGAUAUGCUUCUUGAGACAGAGUCUGCCUUUUAAAAGUACCCCAACAGCCCUAAUAAGAAAAACUGGCAAAACCUGUCUAGUUUAAGUAGAGAAAGGAAAAAUUUCAAGAGAAACAAAACUUCCCUCUUCCACGAAGCCCCAAAGGCCAACUGAAAAUUGGCACAGACGUUUGAAUUCAGCUCGAAGGGAUAUAUCCUACUACCCUAUAGGGAGUCCAUCUUCCUCCAGCAUCACAAUUUUAUUUUAUGAUCCACUAGGAAUCUUCAAAGAGCUGAAUGAAGACAUCAGCCUAGAGUUAUUUUUUGGCAUUUAA